AAAUGUUGAUGAUUUUGAUUUUUUGAAAACUGAUAAUUGGAUGAACUUUUCGAGCCAUUCACAAACAAGUAGCCCUACAAAGUCAGCUAAGACACCAGCUGAACCUAAUUACAGCGGUAUAAACAUUGAAUCAGAAACAACAAAAGCUCCACCCAAAUCUGGUGGAGAUAUUUUUGGAGAUCUUUUAGGGAGCCAAGGGUAUACAUUCAGUUCAAAACUUAAUCCUGGUCCAAAAACAAUAAACGAAAUGCGCCGAGUAGACAUGGUUAAAGAAAUUGACCCAGAUAAACUAAAAGUUAUGGAAUGGAUUGAAGGAAAAAAAGGAAACAUUAGAGCUUUACUUGGUACACUACAUACAGUAUUAUGGGAAGGAUCUGGGUGGAAUUGCAAUCUCAGUAAUUUGGUAACCUAUGCUGAUGUAAAGAAAGCAUAUAGAAAAGCAUGCCUUGCUGUUCAUCCUGAUAAGCAAACCGGAACUUGCAAUGAAAACAUUGCAAAACUAAUUUUUGUGGAGCUGAACAACGCUUGGUCAGAAUUUGAUGCUAAAUCAAGUUAGUGAAGAUGUGUUUUCUGUAAAUAACUAUUAAGAAUAAUUUUUAUUCAUGUCCAAAUAUUAGUAUAAUAUUUAAGUAAAAAAAAAUUAUUAUUAUUUAUUUUUUCCAUUUAUCUGAAACUUAAAUUUUUACCCACCAAUACAUUAUUUUAUUUAUUAUUGUAUUAUUGGACUAUGAUUUACUAUUACAAAAAUAAUAUUUUAUUAUAUUAAAAAAAACUGCCUGUUUCACCAAAUACUUUUGUCUAGUCUAAAUUGCAGUGUAAAAUAUUUAAUGAUUCACUCAAUUUACUGAGAGGUUAUCAGUAUUAUGGUCACAUUUACAUGACUAUUUUUUUUUGGAAAAAAAUUUACUUGAUGAUUGUUUUUUUGUAAGUUUCAUCUUAAAGUGUAUUUAAAUAAUGAAUUGUAAAACUCCAGUUUGCUAUUUUUUGUUGGCUUCCAAUAGAAUUAUUAUAAAAUUAAUAUUGUUGAAAUAGUUAAAUUACAUUCCCUCUUUGAAUUAAAAUACUGUAAACAUUUAUAAAGAAAAAUUGUAUUUAUAUUAUUGACUAUCUUUUAAAAUUUUAUUAUAUCCUUAUAAAAUAUAAUUUAAAUUUACUAUUAUGAAGAAAUUGUGCAUUAUUAACCAUUUUACCCUCGUUAAUUAUAUAUUAUUAUAGAUGUUUAAUAUUAUUAUUCAUUAUUUGUAUUUCAUAAAUUAUUUUACACAGAGGAAUAUAUGUUGAGAAUAAUGUUAUUAUUGGCAUGAUAUUAUUUAAUGUUCAUGUUACCUAUUUAAAUUUAAUUUAUAAAUUACAGUUAAAUAAAUUCUAUAGUCAUUAUUUUACACUAUUAAAAGCAUGCUUGAACACCGAAUACAUUAAAUUAUAUAUUAUUGUAAAAUAAAUAAAUUGUUACGUAAA